AUGGGAAAAAUAAACUGGAGGUUACUCGCAUUAUCAGCAGUUUUGGCGGUUACUGCAAUCUUCCAGGUAUUUUCACUCACUUGCUGUCAAAACAGCGGUUUUUUUGUUCAGAUGGGAUACACAAAUGCUUAUCCAAACACUGCGAUUGCAAGUUUUCGAUUGUAUAUGAAUGAAUCGUCGGAUGAACCGAUGACAAUGUCGAAAAGCGAAUUUGAAUGGGCUUGGUCCGCGAUGUUGGCCGUUUAUUUUAUCGGAUUUGCUGCUGGAAGUGUGAUUUCAGCUGGAAUUGCCGAUAGAAUUGGUCGGAAAUGUAGGUAAACUCUUCCAUCUAAAAAUGAUCAUUUUCAUUCAGGGACUUUGUGUCUGGGAACAUUCGGAAGUUUGCUCUCCGCUAUUAUCGCUUUGUUCUCCAUUAUUUUGAAGAUGCCAACGCUGUUUGGUUUUUCUCGGCUCGUAAUGUCACUUUCGGCGGCAAUUUCCAUGAACGGCCUCAUUUUGCUCUUCCAGGUCGGUGAAAACCCCUUUUCUCGAAAAAGGAACCCAAGCCCAUCUUCUCUUCCCGUUUUUCAUCUCACUAAUGGAGCUUUCGAAGCACGCACAUUGAAUGGUGAAUGAGAGUACACCGAGCAGCCAUAAAAAGCUCAUCCGAAGGGUAGAAACAUGUGGUUUCGAGGAAUGCAUUUCAAAACGGCCGAAAAGAAUGAAAAAUGAGGAAGCGAGAGUAAGCCACCAAACACCCCCGGACCAGAAAUGUUUGCAGGAGAGCUCCCCGACACACAUGAAAGGCCUGAUUUCGUUUAACGCCGAGAUGGCUUUCGUCGUCACCAAUCUGAUCGGAGGUCUUUUCGGAAUGCAAGCCGUGUUGGGUCAAAAUCUUGUCGGUCUCAUCGCGUACGUUAGCAAUAAUUGUAUAGAAAUUGGAAUUUUCUGAUCGGGAAAAAAAGACGAUUCAAGUGAGAGAUUACAGAAUCUCGAUCGUUCCGUCAGCUGUCGCAUGUUUUCUAUCGGUGUUCCUCAAAGAAUCCCCGAAAUACUUGUUUUUGACUAAAAAUGACGGAGCGGAAGCGGGAAGAGCGCUCAAAUUCUAUCAGAAUAUCACUGACGACGAGGAGAAGGCAAACGUACUGAAUGAACUGAAAAUGGAGCGAGAGGAAAUGAGCAAUCAGAGAAACGGAUCGAUUUUCGAUAUAAUGUCCUGUCAACCGACUCGUAGAGGAUUCCUGUUGGGAUUCGCUACAAUGCAAUUGACUGCAUCGGUUUGGCCGGUCAUUUUCUACUCCACCGACUUCCUGUUAAACGUCGGGUUUAGUUACGGACUGGCGGAAAACGUGUCAACUAUUAUGCUUUUCAUAAGGUGAGAAAAUCAGCAUUUCUGAUUUCCGAAGAACUUUUGAUUUCAGCACAUUGAGUACAAUAGCUGGAAUGUUCACAGUCGAGAAAUUCUCGAGAAAAUGGCUGCUGAUCGGGACGGCCAUAGUCAAUGUCUUAGCGAUUCUAGGAUUUUCACUGAGCGCAAUAUUUUCGGAAUACUGGCCAGUUGUAAGAUAUGGAUGCAUUGGCUUUCUGAUUCUUCACGGGACAUCCUACAGGUUACUUUUUUGCGUUCUCGUUUUGUAUUAAAAAAACGUUUCAGUAUUGCAAUGGGACCCAUCGCUUGGUUCAUAACUUCGGAAUUGGUACCGAUAAACUGUCGAGCAGCGGCACAAUCACUAGUCCUUGGCCUCAAUCACACCGUUGCUCUGGUUUUAGCCUUUCUUACAUUUCCACUAUACAAACUGAUCGGUAAGUUGAAAGAAAAACUAAUUCAUUUUUGAUCAAUACAUUCAGGUCCUCUGGUUCUGGUCCUUUUCUUCGUGUUACCGGGUGUGUUAUGCAUACUGAUGCUGAUAUUCUAUCUACCGGAGACCAAGGAUAG